AUGAGGAUUACCACUAGUGCCUCGGGGAUCGUGCGGGGAGAGCGUGCUGGGGUGCAGCUGAAUUCGUGCUGGGCGAUUCUUCCUGAGGUGGAAAUGCAGACCGAUUUGCCAUCUCGUGCCCCUGAUUUAUUAAAGCGGGCGUUCUCUCUGUUCAAGGAGCGGCACCGAAGCCGUCCUGUUAAGAGGGAAGAUUACUCUGUGCACAGGGAAUGUUCUAGUAACAAAUAUUUUGGAGUUCAGAAUGUUCGUAUAACUUACCGCUUGCCACUUCUAGUAGAAAAGUUUUGA